AUGAACAGAUCACUAUCCACAAGCGCUUUUAUAAAUGCCCAUCCUGACAACCUGUUAAUCUCCUCAGAUCGGCGUUCCACGAGGACUACAUCUUUCAUAAGCAUCUCUGACAUCGAAGCCUUGCACGGAGGAAACGGAGAUGAGUCUCAGUCUAACUCCAGUGUUGGCACAUCGUCUAGACCCUCAUUUUCCAGAGACAUAUCAAGGCGGCGAAGCUCAAAUUUCAUUCGCACAUUGAAGUCCAAGAAGCUUCUGAAUGCCAUAAAAGACCAAGACAUCCAGGAAGAAGAGCGGUCACCAUCUCCAUCAUCAGACGAUGUCUUGUUACCACAUGACGUUACCACCUACACAAUUUCCAACAAGUUCCCGUUACCAGUGGAAAUCCUCAACACAAUCAUCGAAAACGUCUAUUAUAACAGUGUGGAGAACGUUCAGUCUAUUACCUCCAACUUGGAAGAGUUCUCCAAGUCCAUCGUCCCAGUAUGCAAGAUGUUCAACAUUCUUUCCUCCAGACUAUUGUACAGAUAUUCAGUAUUCACUAGGUCCAAUUCGUUUGACAAAUUCCUGAAGAAUUUAAAUAAAGACCACUUUUUAGGGUUGAACGUUGAGUUUCUAGACUUUAUGGAGUUUACUUCAAUUGGACUGGGAAGGACGGGACGAAUGAACGAAGAAAUUCAAAUGGUCACCUCAUCCACAAUAUUAAACUGUCUACAGCUAACGCCUAAUCUAAUCGAAUUUUUGGGAAGCGAAUCUAUUGAAGGUGAUAUUGAUAAACGGAUUCUCUCGCAGUUAUUUAAUAAUUUACUCUAUUUAACCACUAUUGAUUUCUGUGGGUCAACAGGCGACAAUUUCGUGAAUGCCUUCAAAGAAUUCACCAUUAAUAGAGAUGUUAUCCCUAAUAUCACCAAAAUUGGGUUCCACGACUGCAUUGAGCUUCCAUUGCAAGUUUUCCAAACAUUUCUGCCUGCCCUUGUCAAUUUGACCAGAUUGGAUCUGACCCAUACUCAAAUAACAGGCAGAUUUUUGUCUGACAACCUCCCACCGUCAGCAAGGUUGACUCAUUUAUCUCUUUCAAGAUGUAACCAGAUUACCGCCGUUGAGCUCAUGGACUUUUUACUCUACCACGAAUCAAUCACUAACGGGUCUUUGAAAUGGCUAUCUCUUCAAUGUGACUCGUCUAUCGUCUCCAUCCUCAACGAGCACCAGUUGAGUCAUCUUUUAACCAACAUGAACGCUCCAAACUUGAUGUACUUGAACUUAGGUGGUUACUCUGUGAAAAAGAAGCAUUUAGACAUCAUCAAAAACAAGUUUAUCAACCUCAAGUCUUUAAUUUUGGCUCACUCACAGCUAACGAUUGACGAACUUUACGAAUAUCUCUCGCCAAAGCAUAAGCAAACGAACGCGAGAUUCUUCAUCCAGGGACUCGACCAAUACACCCAUAAUUAUCCCACAGAAACAGAGGAGGAAACUGAUGAAGCUAACGAAUCAGAUGAACCAGAACAGCAACUUAAAUUUAUCGACCUUACAGGUAACAAAAAUGUCACUAGAUGGUCGAUUGACAACCCAAAAAUACUUAACGCAUCCACUUCCCUGCUUGCUAUUGAGCUGGACCAAACAAUAGUAGAAGAUAUUGGAUAUGGACCAGAAGGGAAACUCACAAUGAACCAAGAUAUUUGGAAAACCUAUGACUCACAGGGACGUCGUAGUUGGCUCUUUAAGCUAUCACCGGAAGAAGUUGAGAGGGAACGUAGAGGAGAUCAUGUGGACUAUUACAACACCUUAACCUACUACGAUACAACGACAGGUAAGAAACGUACGAAGAAAGCAAAGCCUCCAUUUUUCCUCAGGUUUGCCGCUAAGAAGAUCAACCUUUCGAUUGGCCCAUUUGCCACCCUUUAUGAGGAUGAGAAGGUUUUUCCAGUCGACUUCAGUGAGAGAGGAAUCUAUAAGUACUACUCGUUAAACAGAUAA